UCUAAAAAACAAACGUGACAAAUUAAUAAAAUACAUUUUUAUAACACACAUAAUCACUAAUUUACUGCUAUCCAAAUCAUUUGUAAUCAAUCAGUCACAAAGAGAGACACAUCAUCAUCAUGUGUUCAUUAGAGAAACAUGGUCGGCUUUUCAUACUAAAACUCACCGGCGACGGCGAACACCGUCUCAACCCAACCUUACUCGACUCCAUCCGCUCCACCAUCAACAAGAUCCGUUCAGAUCAAUCAUCUUCACAGUCAGUACUCAUCACAACGUCAGAUGGUAAGUUCUUCUCCAACGGCUACGAUCUCGCUUUAGCCGAAACAAACCCAUCUCUCUCUGUUCUGAUGGACGCAAAACUCAGAUCCUUAGUCGCCGAUCUCAUCUCUAUCCCUAUGCCAACCAUCGCCGCCGUCACAGGUCACGCCUCCGCCGCGGGAUGUAUCUUAGCGAUGAGUCAUGACUAUGUGUUGAUGCGUCGUGACAGAGGCUUUUUGUAUAUGAGUGAGUUGGAUAUUGAGUUGAAAGUUCCGGCCUGGUUUAUGGCUGUGAUUAGGGCUAAGAUUGGCUCUCCGGCGGCGAGGAGGGAUGUUAUGUUGACGGCGGCGAAAGUGACGGCGGAGAAGGGUGUAGAGAUGGGGAUUGUUGAUUCGGCGUAUGGUAAUGCGGCGGAGACGGUUGAGGCCGCCGUUAGGUUAGGUGAGGAGAUUGUUAUGAGACGUGGUGGUGGACACGUGUAUGGUAAGAUGAGAGAGACUCUUUUAAGAGAGGUUCUUGUCCAUACGAUUGGUUUUGAUGAGACCGGUUCGAGUGGGGUGCAAAACACUGGAUCUAAACUCUAAGAUACGAAAGUCUACGGGUGUGUUGUACUUUGGUUUGGUACGAGAUUGAAUUUUUCAACUUGUUGUAAUAAUGUGAACUUAAAAAACAUAGUAACAUGAAAUUUGCUAGUAUUGAUUAAUUCAAAAAUCAGAAAUAUAUAACAUGGAGUUGUAUAUUUCAUCAUUUUACAUU